AUGGUGAUGGCUUCGUUGGGUGUUUCAAGCGGAGUCAAAUAUCAUGUCGCCAAGCUCGAUUCGGAAAUCGGUGACUUCCAGAAGCUUCUUUUUACUAGAACACUCAAACUCAAGAAACUUGGUAUUCCUUGCAAGCAUAGGAAGCUAAUAUUGAAACAUGCAUACAAGUACAGGCUGAAAGCUUCGCCUCUCUUCUCAAGUUCCAACUUGAAGAUGCGGUUGAGAAAGAAGAGUUUCAAGAAGCGGCCAAGUUAA